UGACCUUUGAACUCGUGAGCGCUCCCUUCUUCCUCUUCCGGGACGGUGCUUAGAGACGCUCAGGAUGGUGCAGCGCCUGACCUACCGCCGUAGGCUUUCCUACAAUACAGCCUCCAACAAAACCAGACUGUCCCGAACUCCUGGGAACAGAAUUGUCUACCUUUACACCAAGAAGGUCGGGAAGGCCCCAAAAUCUGCAUGUGGCGUGUGCCCAGGCCGACUGCGAGGGGUUCGGGCUGUGAGGCCAAAAGUUCUGAUGAGGUUGUCUAAGACGAAGAAACAUGUCAGCAGGGCCUAUGGUGGCUCCAUGUGCGCUAAAUGUGUCCGUGACAGGAUCAAGCGGGCUUUCCUUAUUGAGGAGCAGAAAAUCGUCGUGAAAGUGUUGAAGGCACAAGCACAGAGUCAGAAAGCUAAAUAAAAGCAUGACACUUUUUAAGUAAUUAAAAGUUCAAAAGAU